CCCAACGUUCGAAUUUCUCCCCCUUCAAACCCUAGCAUCCGCUCUUCCUUCUUAUAAAUUACAAAAUAUUUAGACCCAUUUUAGAUCAUAAUUAGUCUAAAAAUCCUUCUUCCUAGAUUCGUUUCUUCCAUCUCUAACGUCUCUGAGAUCAAAUUUUGGGUUUGGAGACGCUAGAAUGACGACUCCGGUGAAGAAACCUCAUGGCCGGCGACCUCAGACCUCGGAAGAUUGGAAGUUCCCUGAGAAUUCUGAUCCCACUCCUUCUCGGAAGCCCGUGACAAUGACCCCAACCUCAGAAGCUUGGAUGUUUUCGGAGAAUUGUGAUCCCAAUCUUCUUGUUUCCACUCCUCGGAGAGUCAUGAAGUCGCCCGCAAUGAAGCUGGUGAAUUCGAAGAAGAAGCCGACCCCCAAAACCCCCGGCCGGACCCUGUCAUCCGCUUCCCCGGCCCAAGAUAGGAAACCUGUCAAUGCCAAGAAGAACUCCAUUAAGAGGGGAAAGGAUUUGGAGUCCAAGAAGGGUUGUCGAGUACUCUGUGAGUCUCCCUGUGCGCCUGAAAAAAUGUUCAUCACAAAAGAUCAGAUGAUCGGAGCUUGUGUGGUCGUAGAGGCAUCCCCAGUUGAAGCUGAUGGAUCAAAAGAAUGCAUAGAGAAGAAGAAUUGGGUCACUGAGAGCAAGGAACCAUUGGAGGGAAGCGGGCGUUCGGUGGUGGAAGUUUCAGGUGGUCAGGAUUCGAGAGGGAGUUCAAAGAUGAGGAAGAUGAGGAGUAAGAUUCUUCAAGAAGCCACGAGCAGCAUGCCAGAGCCGGGGGCUGGGCGGGUGAUGUAUCUGGUGAAGGCGUUUGAGAGGCUUCUCUCCCUCUCAAAGGAUGCACAAGGCAGAGAAAAAGUAGAGAACAAGAAGAAGGUGAUGAAUUGGGCCUUGCCAGGUUUGCAGCAACCUCCAAAGGCCAAGGAAACUGAGGUUUCCUCUUCCCCUGGGUCCUCGUCAUCCAAUUUCAUCACUGGAAAGUGCUUCGAAAGAGAUUCCGGCGAUUACUCUUCAGUGGACAGCAGCAACGAUGAUAGUAGAUUGAGCUGGGGGAGCAGUACAUCAGAUGGUGGACGAAGGAGUGGACGAAAUAGCACUGGCUCUUCAGGAAGGAGCUGGAAUAAGAAGCUGAAAGUGACAAGCCAGCAGCCAUUCAAGUUGAGGACUGAGCAAAGAGGAAGGCUCAAAGAAGAGCAUUUCCUAAAGAAACUGAAGGAAAUCCUUUUGGAGGAGGAGAAACAACGCAUACCAAUUGCUCAAGGACUCCCAUGGACCACAGAUGAACCAGAGUGCUUACUGAAGCCUCCCACAAAGGAACCCACCGAGCCAAUCGAUCUCAUUCUUCACAGUGAUAUGCGUGCAGUAGAGCGUGCUGAGUUCGAUCUUCAGGUUGUCGAGCAUCUGAAUUUUCUCGAGCAAAUUCGAAUGGAGAAGGAGAGGCAGCAAAAGUUGGAAGAAGAGGAGGAAAUACGGAGACUCAGAAAAGAGCUCAAACCGAGAGCUCAGCCCAUGCCUUACUUCGAUCGGCCUUUCAUCCCGAAGAAACCACCCUGUUUGCGUGGUGAAGGUCAACGAAGCCCAACACAGUCCCUAAGGAGCCGAAGUUCCACACUCGCCCUCUCAGUCUCAGGUCAUGGGAAACGACUUGAAGAACGAAUGUGCCAUGCGAACAUAUUUGUAUCAGACUCCCCAGUGAUUGUUGGAGAGCUAGUUUCUGAUGUUCAAGCUGCGCGCGAUCUCGUCGUGGGAACACUGUGCUCCCCAGAGCCAUUCUCUGUCAUCAAUUUCUUGACAUUUGGCAUCAUGUAUUUGUUUGAGUUAUUGUUUUUGCAUACCAUUUCUCUCCGAUGGCACCCAUGAUGCUGCUUGUGUUUUCGGGAAUGCUUUUGAUAUUGGGAUUCUCUUUCCAAUUGCUUUACCAUACUUUAUAUAUGAGGAAAUUUAGAAAGAGUAGCCAUUCUUUCUUGUCCCUGAGAA